AUGAUAUCAUACGAAUUCCAAACCUGUAUACUGAAAGGAACAAAUAGCUUAUCAACCUCUUCAUCCAAAAGUAAUGAAUUGUAUUUACAAGCCACACACUUUGGUAAUACGGUUCUUUUACAAAUUAGACUAAAUGGGGAAAUGGAUUCCACCUAUGAAGUAUCUUUGAAAGGGUUAAAUCCUCUUCUCGAUAUUGAUGCUGUGCCACUGGCAGGUAACUUAGGAACCACGGAUGGUGAUUAUGACGAUGAGAAAGAGGAAUUUGUAAGAGACCAUUUAUCCGAUUAUCAAGUGAUUACCAAAUUGGGCGAUAGCACGGAUCCGAAAGUACCUGUAGUAUGCAUACAGGUUGCUGAACUAUAUAGGAGGGUUAUACUGCCAGAAUUGAAUGAUGGAAUGACUCAAGUCAACAUGCAGUUUAACUUACUGAUAUCAAUGAGCAGCAAGAUAUGGAAGGCAGCGAAGGGUCAGAAUGGUAAUGAUGAUUUUGGCAAAUUAGUUUUUUUGUUAAAGUGUAUCAAAGAUAUGUAUGCAAAGUGA